CCUCAACAGUAGACUUGGGGGGCUGAUGUAGGUGAGGCUCAACCAUCCAACACCACCUUGAGCAAGGCGUGCUUGUGGCAGACCAUUAACAGACGGAAUGGCGGGAGUGAACGGUGACCGUAAAGGGAAGAAGGAUGACAACGGCAUGGGCACGGCCGUUGACUUUUUGCUCUCUAAUGCCAAGCUUGUGCUUGGGGUCGGAGGAGCUGCCAUGCUUGGCAUUGCAACACUAGCAGUCAAAAGAAUGUAUGACCGUGCCAUAAGUGCUCCGACCAGCCCUACUAAGAUGGAACCAUCAGGGAAAAGGAGUUGGGAAGAACCAAGCUGGAUGGGCUCGUCACCACGGGUACUUAACCAUGACAUGAGGUCAACAGUGAGCAGGUCACUGCAGACUCUACCCACCUCCUCCAACUCCUUUGAACCAGACUGCAUGCGGAGGGCGGCGGGGCGGGGACGUAGCGCUGCAGGGGAGACCGACCUCUUCCGGGCCAGGAUGCGCCUCUCCUUGCAGGAGAAACUGUGGGAGUACUACCAGGAGCGUGUGGCCAUCCCCGCUGAGGAGCAGGCCACAGCCCGCCGGGCUGCCCUGGACAUCUGCGCAGAGCUGAGGAUCUUCCUGCACGCCAAGCUGCCCGACAUGCCUCUCCGAGAGAUGUACCUCAGCGGCAGCCUCUACGACGACCUGCAGGUGGUGACAGCGGAUCACGCUCAGCUCAUGGUCCCUCUGACCUUGGAGAAGAACCUGUGGUCGUCAGUCCCCGGGGAGGACACCAUCAUGAACGUUCCGGGCUUCUGGCUGAUUCGCAGGGAGAACCUGGAAUACUUCCCCCGAGGCAGCAGCUACUGGGACCGCUGCAUGGUAGGUGGCUACCUCUCCCCCAAGUCUGUCCUGGAGGUGUUCGAGAAGCUGGUGGCGGGCUCCAUCAACUGGCCGGCCAUCGGCAGUGUUCUGGACUACGUGAUCCGGCCGGUGGUUCCCUCGGAGACGCUCACCCUGGAGGUCCAGUACGAGACAGACCGCCUUCUUUUCGUGGACUUCCUGCCUCUGCUGGUGAUGGACGACGGCGCCUCGCUCAUCGCCAAGCCACACAGGCUGGCUGCGGAGCGCCAUGAAAACCUGUGGCGGCAGAGCUUCCGCGUGGCGGAGACUGCGCGCCUGCGGGCUCUGGACCAAGAGGACGGGGGCUGCCGCUGUGCCUGCCUCAAGGUGACUAAAGCCGUGUGCAAGCUAAACCCGGCCCUAGCGCGCCUGUCGGCCAGUCAGCUGACCAACACCAUACUGCUAUUGAGCGAGAAGGAGGGCGACUGGACCCAGGAGGCGCUGGCUGACCGCUUCCUGCAGUUGCUCCGCUCUCUAGUGGGACACCUAGAGGCUGGGAGGCUCCCCUGCGCCCUUGUCCCCAAAGUCAACCUGUUCUGUGAGCUGACGCCAGUGGAGGUGGAUGAGCUAGGAUACACCCUCUACUGUUCCCUCUCUGACCCAGAGGCACUCCUAAGGACUCCUCAGUCUGACUAAGUCUGGUCAUGGGUUCGAGGGUUUAGGACAGAUGGUAUAAAAUUCUAAGAUUCCAUACUGCAGAAGAGGAUAGGAUAUGUAAUUCAUAUGCGCUUCAGAUAUGGACCAUGUCCCCUGUGACCAUGUCGCUGUGUGAUUGAUUCAACAUCGCGUCUCUGGAGUCCCGGUUUCAUCGAUCAAUAUGUUUCUCUUGUACUUUUUAUUUGUGUAAUUGUGUUUGAUAAAGUAGAAAUGCAAAAUCAACCACUUUAGUAUGGGGGUUUAACAAUGAAUACAGGAUCAUCCAAAUUUACAUUUUUUACAUUUAAGUCAUUUAGCAGACGCUCUUAUCCAGAGCGACUUACAAAUUGGUGCUUUCACCUUAUGACAUCAUACCAGUUGACAAGUAACUGGUAUAUGACAAAUACCAGUUAAACCUCAGAUGAUGAAACCAGUCUCUUCAUAUGGUCCCUAUGCUGCACGUAAGCCGUUUCUAAGUAGUACUGUUCAGAGGGGUAUACUUUAAAAGCAUGAUCAAGGAGUUUGCCAACUAACUUGCCUAGAUAUCCUGAAAUAACUUCAAAUGGGCUUGGUCUAAUUGACUUAACCAAAAACACAAGUUUAGCUUAAUGAACCCCAAAAAUAAGUUAUUUCUGUUUGUUUAUCAAAGUUGAAACUGUUUUGUAGUAUACCCCUUGGGUUAGGACUCUGUUUGUUGAAUUGGGGAUUUCAUUGGCUAAUAUUAUGUAGCCAGUUUGGAUUGAAUCGUGUCGAGGGGGGGGGGGUAUAUAUAUAUUCAUUAUAAUUUGUGGGAAUGGAAAUUGGGGUUUAUUUGAAAGCUAUUUUGGUGGCUCCAUCCUCAGAUUGCAGGUCUUUCAAACACAUAUUAUGAUGGGUAACAUUAGUUUAAUGCUAGUUAAUAUCAUGUCUGAACAGAGGCAUGAAAAAGAUCUCUCAGAACAAGCCUCCAUAAUCGGCUCAAGCAUUAUUGUUCUCGACAUUUCUAGCUUACUAUUAAGCUGAGACUUGGAGACAGGGUGCUUCUUACACUCUGCCAUGAGAUGCCAGUUCAGAUGGAUGGAUAGUUUGGUGACAGCGUCAAUACUGUCGCCCCUAACAAGGUAAAUGGUCUUAAGCACUAUUGUGGUCCACUAGGAAAUAAGACCAGUGAAACAUGACAGGGGGUUGUUCUUCUACUGCAGGGUACUUAUAGUACUGUAGCCUGGUAUCGUACAGUUUGUGCUGUAGCCAACUCUUCUCGGUGUCGUGUUUGGCAUGGGAAGGUUAGAAGAGUUGCUUACAGUGCAUACAGUAUGGGACCAGGCUACACUUAGCCUACUCUACCGCUCUAACUGUGUAAAUGGAUAGAAUGUAAUGUUUACCAUGUGAGCCGCCGCAAAAGCAAAUAAAUUAUUGUGGUACGACUGAAA